GGUGGGUAUACAAGGAAAGGUUAGAAUGUCUUUGAAAAUACCACACACACUGACGCACACACACACACAAAAAAUUAUGAACAAACAAGCAUUUAUUUCUCUACUGUUAUCUGUAAGACUUACUCCCUCUGCAUGUGGUUAGACUUUCUUUGUUUGGGUUUUGUACUUUUUACUCCGUAUUGUGUCAAAACCGGCCUUCACUUCCCUUGCAGUACAGUGCACAAUAGAUAGGGCAGGCUUCUUUGUGUCCACACAGAUUCUUUCCUUUGCUGAGGGUAGGCGGAAACUGAGGCGCUUGAUCUGAAUUCUAAAGGGGCUUGUUGGAUCUAAUAAAAGCAGCUAUUGUAUGUAAAUUAUUCACACAAGAGCAUAUGACUCCGACUGUGCAGGGCAGUGGCUAGUGUGAGAGAAAUCAUUAGCAAUGCAAACUCAUGGUGUUCUGGUUCACAGAUUCACUAAUGGGAAGAAAUCCAUCUGUACUGAUGGUAACUCAAUUGUUUCUGGGCGUGUUUGUGCACUACUUCUACUGAAGACCUGGAAUCGAAAAUGAACUGGGCGUCCUUUUAUGCCGUCAUCAGCGGUGUAAACAGACACUCCACGGGCAUCGGUCGCAUCUGGCUCUCUGUCCUUUUCAUCUUCCGUAUCCUGGUCCUGGUGGUUGCAGCAGAGAGUGUGUGGGGUGACGAGAAGUCCGGCUUCACCUGUAAUACCCAGCAGCCCGGCUGCAACAGCGUCUGUUAUGACCACUUCUUCCCCAUCUCACAUAUCCGUCUGUGGGCCCUGCAGCUCAUUCUGGUGUCCACCCCAGCCCUGCUGGUGGCCAUGCAUGUGGCCCACCGCCGACACAUCGACAAAAAACUCUACAAGCUGUCUGGCCGGGCCAACCCCAAGGACCUGGAGCAGAUCAAGACCCAGAAGAUGAAGAUCGCAGGUGCCCUUUGGUGGACAUACAUCAUCAGCCUCUUCUUCCGCAUCAUCUUUGAGGUGACCUUCAUGUAUCUCUUCUACAUUAUCUACCCUGGCUAUAAGAUGAUCCGGCUGGUCAAGUGUGACUCGUACCCCUGCCCCAACACAGUGGACUGCUUUGUGUCCAGGCCCACAGAGAAGACCGUCUUCACUGUGUUCAUGCUGGCUGUGUCAGGGAUCUGCAUCCUGCUCAACAUCGCAGAGGUGGUCUUCCUAGUGGGAAAGGCCUGUAGUAGGCACUUAAGCAAUGCUGGAGACUCAACCAUGGGAGCAUGGAUCACCCAAAAGCUCUGCUCCUACUAGAACAAGCUAAAUGGACCAACACUGUGUAACUGUAAUUGGGCACAUAUGUUCAAAGCUCAAAGUAAUGGCCUUAACAACAUUAAUUAAUAAGGUGUUCACACUUUUUCUAUACUUGUUGAAAUGACGCUUCAAAUAGAUAUGACUCAAAGGACAAUUUCAGUUUGGAUAUAGAACAAGCUCCAGAAGAGGAGACUGAAGAAAAGUAUGGUAAACUGAUUUAUUAACAGUCCCUUACCUUGUAACGUCUCAAAUUUAGCUGAAUUCAAUAUGCAGUCACCUUCGAUAUGCUCUGCAAGAUUCAAGCAACUAAACCGACUCAUCAUCCAUUCUGUAUUAUGAUUCAUAAAUCGUUUUCAAUUCCUGAUAGACAUUUUAAUCACUGAUAAUGUGGUAUCAUUAGGACAAAGAAUUGGUACCCCUGGUUUAUUAUAAAUAGUAACCCAAGAAAACUGUCCAAGUGAUGAAUUUAACCAACAUUUGGUGGUUGUGGUGGAGUAUUACUAAUAACUAUGAGGCUAUUCCAAAGCACUACUAAUAACUACCUCACUUUCAUAGUGAAAUAUCAAGUGCUUCAAGACAUCCACAUAGUGUUUUGAAUGCUAUGAAUGAGACUGAUUAUGCAAGUGUAUAGAGUAAAAUAGAAUAGUGAAUGAGAAAAUGUGCUUAGUUGAAGUUACAAUGAAAGAACCAAAUGAUUAAUUUUCAUGUCUAUCUCAUUAUUUUUCUUACUAAAUACUGCAUUGCUGCUUUAAAACUAUUGUGUGUGUGAGAGAAAGGAUAAUAUAUGAUUAGAAUUUGUGGUACUGUAAAGUUUUUACUUCACAUGUAAUGGAGUACAUGUACAUUUAAUCCGUACAUGUAAGGGAUUACAAAAACGGUACCUGUAAUCCGUUACAUUACCAGCAAAAGUAUUGUAAUCAGAUUACAGAUACUUUUGAAAAACUAGAUGAUUAAAUUAAAUUCAGAAAGGAGAUUUGACGAAAAAAAAUCUUUGACACUUCUCUGUUUUCUCAAUGACAUUCAAAUCAGCAUUGAAAAAAGGCGCAAAUGUAAAUUUGUUCCACCUGAGCGAGUCUGGCUUGAAGUCAGAUACCGCUAUGAUGACAAACCAAAUGGGUUUGAUGGAUCGCUGGAAAAGAGCAGGAAUAGGCUUUUGUAGGCUACAGUCCAAGCUAUGUCUUCCAAUGGUGCAACUGCUGUCGGCAUCCAAAGAUUAUCUAACUUGAAUAAACACUUGGAGGUAAGGAUGACAGCAAUGGUGUAGUCUACUGCGAUACGGAUAUCACAAAUUAUUGUUAUCUGCAUAGCGCAUUGAUGUGAAUCACACCGCUGCUCUCUUAUUUAGCUAUUUUUGUUUUACGGAUUGUGGUUGUUGUGGAUGGCUGUUCGCAAAUCUAAAUGUGUAUCUGAACCCAAUAAUGGUUGAAUUCAAGAAGUUUAAGCUGCCUAUCAAUCAUUGUUUUUGAAACCAGUGGACAGCCAGUGAAAAAUGCGCUCUUGCAACAGCUGCACAGUGCGGAUCCCAGCCUAUGGAAUAAAAAUUGGGCUUUAUUUUUUAACCUUUAAUUAACUGGGCAAGUUCAAUGACUGUCUACGAACAGUGGGUUAACUGCCUUAGCUUCCCAGAUGGGUUUCCCUGUGGCUCAGUUGGUAGAGCAUGGUGUGCGCAACGCCAGGGUUGUGAGUUCGAUUCCCACGGGGGGCCAGUACAAAAAAAAAAAGCAUGAAAUGUAUGUAUUCGCCACUGUAAGUCGCUCUGGGCGUCUGCUUAAUGACUAAAAUGUAAAUGUUAUUCAGGGCCAGAACGACAGAUUUUUACCUUCUCAUCUCGAGAAUUCGAUCUUGCAACCUUUCGGUUACUAGUCCAGCGCUCUAACCACUAGGCUUUGCUGCCGCCGGCCGCUUUGGUCAAAGAAAUUCAUGCUUAUAAAAAUGUUUUAUCCAUAGACCUAAUGGGCACAUGUUCAAACUCACAAACUUUUGAUUGACUUAAAUGGCCAGUCUGUACUUGGAUUUAUAAAUUAUAUAUAUCCAUUGAUUCUUGAAGAAUAUAACUUAUAAAGGCCUCAUGAGUUUAGUUCAACUGUCACACUCCAUGUGAACCAAAAAUAUAACCUUGUUUUUCUCCAAUGUUUGUAAACAUUGUAAAUGUAAACAAAUACUUUAUAGCCUCAUAACAUGGUUAAAACAAUAAUUUGAUAUCAUGGAUGGUCAGUCCUUGCAUCCAUAGCUGUCUAUUAAUCUGAGCAUGGUUACAUUUCUCCAGGUCCAUCCCUCAUCUUUUUGCCAUAACUGAGGCGGGAUGACCAUUUGGUUAUUGUUUCAUCUGUGGAUUUGCACUUUGAACAGCUGCAUAUUAUCAAUAUAUCAAAGUGUCACCAACAAAAAAUGUAACAAUAGGCCAAUAGCAAAUGCAGCAUUUGGCAUUCAUUUUUCACAUGUAAAUAGCACUUUUCAGUAGUGCUCAAAGCAUGCCAUUCCAUGAGCGCAGCAUUUAUUUUUCACCUCGAAUCAAUGAGCCCAAUCAGUCCUCCAUGACAACAAAGUCAUAAACAACAGAGUAGGGCUGG